CCAGGUGUAGGUACACAACAUCACAUGUUUAUAAUAAAUGUUCAUGGAAAAGAAUGAAAGAAGUUUAAUGAAAUUCUUCCAAUUGGUUGGUUUGUUAUGUACAGAUCUGUGGAUUUUUAAACAAUUAAAGGGCAAUAACUAUAUGGAAAAUUGACCAAUCGAAAAAAAAAACUUAAAGGGCAUCGUCGCAGUAUCUUGGUUCAUGUCUGUUUCAAGUUUGAUGAAAUUCUACUUGCUAGUUACUGAGAAAUGGCUGCAGACGGACAUUUUUCAUUAAAUCAAGGGCAAUAACUCUGAGGGAAAUUGACCUAUCAAAAAAAAAAACUUGACGGGCAUCAGCGCAGUAUCUUGGUUCAUGUCUAUUUCAAAUUUGAUGAAAUUCUACCAGUUAGUUACUGAGAAAUGGCUGCAGACGGACAUUUUUUAUUAAAUCAAGGGCAUUAACUCUGAAGGAAAUUGACCAAUCAAAAAAAAAACUUGACGGGCAUCAUCGCAGUAUGUUGGUUCAUGUUUAUUUCAAGUUUCAUGAAAUUCUACCAAGUAGUUACUGAGAAAUGGCUGCGGACGGACGGACGGACUGACUGACGGACGGACAACGUCAUUUCAAUACCCCCCUCCUGAUUUCAUCGGCGGGGGAUAAUAACCAUGCAGCCAGGGAGCCAGGCUAGUUUUAUCUCUACAUCAAAAGAGUUAUUUCAGGGGCCUUUUCUGGGAGCAUUACCAGAAAUCUGAGAAUCAGCUCUAGAUAUCGGAAAGGAAAUACUGGACAUCUGCUACUAACUUUGGCAGACAAUACUCUAUCAGAAAAUGCCAACUGUAAACAAAGGUCUAUAUAAAUGGCUGAUUGGCAGAGGAACCACACUAGAGGAUUUUGCAGACCGACUGAACCAUUUCUGGACUUUUGGUCUCCUGCUCCUCUUUGCCAGCAUAAUCAGCUGGAAGCAGGGCUAUAACAAAGCAAUAAACUGCUGGGUACCAGCUGAAUUUACAGACAGCAUGGUGAAUUAUGCAGAGGCAACAUGUUGGAAUAGCUACUUUAUUCAUUAUCUACGUGACCAAGAAAAAGCCGACGAAGAAAUCUUGGAGAUGUUUAACAUAACUUUCCCGCGAUACUUUACGGGUAGACAUCACUUAAGACCAUGGGUAGAAUCAGACCCAAUUAAAAUGAGUGACAGUCUGAGAACAAAAAUGUCAACAACAAGAACACUGUACCAGUGGUUACCAGUAAUCCUUUGUUUCCAAGCUCUACUCUUCAAGCUGCCUAACCUUCUUAUGUACAUUCUUCACGGUUAUUCUGGAGUAAGCUUUGAAAAGAUUUCUGGUUUAACUAGCGGAUACAAGAAUAUGAAUCUUCAAGAACGAGACCUUCUUUGCAGACAAAUUGCACGAUACUUGUUCAACUGGUGUUGUCAAUUCAUAAACUGGUUGCCAUGGAGACUGCUUUCAUUACUCUGGCUUAUUGUAAAGAUUCUGUAUUGUGUGAACAUUAUAGCACAAAUGAGUCUCAUUGAUUCCUUUCUGAAAACAACUGAUCCGCCAAUCGAUAAUUCCACUUCAUACGGCGACGUAAUUAUGGGAAAUCUUUUUGAAAACAAUGCCACUCUCUGGAAACAGUCACCAGCCUUUCCACGAGAAGUUAUGUGUAAUUUUGAAAUAAUACAAUUGAGGAAUGUUCAUCAAUACACCGUUCAAUGUAACCUCACAGCCAACUUCUUCAAUGAGUAUGUUUACAUGUUCCUUUGGGUUUGGCUUCUAUUUGUUGCCAUAGUAACCUGCCUGAGCCUCGUCUUCUGGUUGCUUAAAGCCCUCAUACCAGUUUUUCGUAAGCGAUACAUCAAGAAGGCAAUUGCAGUUGCAGAUGACACUGAUGUCCCAGCCAUACCCCAGUAUAACCUAGACAGAUUUUGUGAUGUCAUAGGCGAGGACGGUGUAAUGACCUUGAAGCUAAUUGGUGCUAACUCAUCUGAACUUUUGGUCAGCAAUGUAAUCAACAGCAUGUGGAAGUUAAAAAUAGAUGACUUAAGCAGUCAAAGGUCAGGACAAGUACUGUCAGUACCAGAGGUUCUUGUACAACCAAGUGCUCCUGUUGCUUCUGGAACUUCAGAUGAGGCAAAGAAAAUGGAAUGAGGCACAUGCAUAAACAUAAACUGUUGUUGUGUACAUAAAAAGCUAAAAAUCUCUUGUCAUAAUUAAAGCUGAAUAUAGCGCAGCAGCUGAAUCAAAUACAUAUGAGCCGUGCCAUGAGAAAAUCAACAUAGUGGCAUUACGACCAGCAUGGAUCCAGACCAGCCUGUGCAUCUGUGCAGUCUGGUCAGGAUCCAUGCUAUUCGCUUAUAGUUUCUCUAAAUGUAAUAGGCUUUGAAAGCGAACAGCAUGGAUCCUGUCCAGACUGCGUGCAUGCACAGGCUGGUCUGGAUCCAUACUGGUCUCAAAGCCACUAUGUGGGUUUUCUCAUGGCACAGCUCAAUUAUAGUUAUAAUUACUGUAAAUUGAUCAAAAAAGAUUAACGGGAGCCUCAUAGACAACAUGUGACAUUUAGUGAGCUUCUUAUACAUUAUGUAAAGACUUGAUAUAACUUUUAUUACAAUUAUUAUUUGAUCCCCCUUCAAAUUGGGAAGUGGAUACUGCUUUGCUGAGUGGGUAGAUUAUCUGUUGGCAGACCUACUAUGGUUAAUAAAUGGAGAGUGCUUAGGUGUAAAACUGUCAAAUUACAUAUGUGAUGAUUACCUGUGGGCAGUAGAUAACCAAUAUUGUUUUGAUUGGUCUCACGGUCAAAGUGCUUGAGAGCACAGCGUUAGACAUACUGCCAUCCAACUUACGCCGAUGUCAGCAGAUGAACCCUAUAAUACAUAUGGGAUCAGCAGGUAAAAUUCUAUAGCUAAGGUGACCUUUGGGGUUAGUACAUGAAAAAAGGUUAAUGUCACAAUGACCUGCAUACAAAGAACAAUUUCUGAACAGUAACUGGAGAAUGCCUGGACACACAGCAAUCAAACUUUACAGGAAUAUUCUUUGUGGUCAGUAGAUGGCUCCUAUCAUGAAUGGCAGUGAUCAGUCAGAGGUUAUGGUCACUGUGAAGUUAUGGCUAAACAAUUUUGAAACAAUAAAUCAUAGAGAGCCUUUAGACUUGUUGCUUAUCAGAGUUCAUUGGAUAAUUGAUGUGAUCAGUAGAUGACCAAAUACUCUUUUAAGAGAUUAACUGGACACCAGAAUAUAUCAGUCAGUAGACAAUGCAUACCCUGUUACCUCUGACAGGAUAUCAUAGGAGAUGCAUGUGUUUUACAAACUGCUCCUGUUAUUAUAUUAUUACUACUACUUUCAUUAUUAUUUGAGCCGUGCCAUGAGAAAACCAACAUAGUGGGUUUGCGACCAGCAUGGAUCCAGACCAUCCAUGCUGUUCGCUUUCAAGGCCUAAUGGAAUUAGAGAAACUAAAAGCGAACAGCAUGGAUCCUGACCAGACUGCGCGGAUGCGCAGGCUGGUCUGGAUCCAUGCUGGUCGCAAACCCACUAUGUUGGUUUUCUCAUGACACAGCUCAUUUGUUCAUUAUAGAUUAUACAUAAUUGUAAUUAUUAUUACCUUAUUCAAUAAUAUCUAUAAAUACAAUGUAUAUCCAUU